GCGGGCGCGCUGGGCUGGGAGCUCGUGGAGCGCGAGUUGCAGUUGGGGCUUCAGUGUGCCUGGGAGGGGGCGGCGGCCGGGAGCGUCGGCUCCGCCCUCUGUGCGCAUGCUCCAGCCCCCGGCGGGUUAUAAGGCAGCCGUGCCGGCCGAGUCAGACAAAGUGGCGAGCUGCGACGUGACUAACUGGCCGCGUGGGCGCUCGCGCGCGCGAACCCGGCAGCCGGCGAAGGACGCGAGCCAGAACCUGGGCCCCGCGGAACUCCAGCCUGUUCCGCCGCGUCACGCACAGGCUCGGCGCCUCGAGCCGCGCACAUAACGAUAUUUGGAUUUGAACUGCAUUUUGGACUUCAUCUACACUCAAAAUGCCACCAGCAGUCGGAGGUCCCGUUGGAUACACCCCCCCAGAUGGAGGCUGGGGGUGGGCAGUGGUUGUUGGAGCUUUCAUUUCCAUAGGCUUCUCUUAUGCAUUUCCCAAAUCUAUUACUGUCUUCUUCAAAGAGAUUGAAAGUAUAUUCCAUGCAUCUACAAGCGAAGUGUCAUGGAUAUCCUCCAUCAUGUUGGCUGUUAUGUAUGGUGGAGGUCCCAUCAGCAGUAUCCUGGUGAAUAAAUACGGCAGCCGUCCCGUCAUGAUCAUUGGUGGCUGCCUGUCGGGAAGUGGCUUGAUCGCGGCUUCCUUCUGUAACACUGUGCAGGAGCUUUACUUCUGUAUUGGGGUCAUUGGAGGUCUUGGACUUGCCUUCAACUUGAACCCAGCUCUGACCAUGAUUGGCAAGUAUUUCUACAAGAAGCGACCACUGGCAAAUGGGCUGGCCAUGGCAGGCAGCCCUGUGUUCCUCUCUACCCUGGCUCCUGUCAAUCAGGCCUUCUUUGGUAUCUUUGGUUGGAGAGGAAGCUUCCUAAUUCUUGGGGGCUUCCUACUAAACUGUUGUGUAGCAGGAGCUCUGAUGCGACCUAUAGGGCCCAAGCCAACGAAUGCAGGGAAAGAUAGAUCUAAAGAAUCCCUUGACGAAGCUGGAAAAUCUGAUAUAAAAAAAAGUAGAAGUGAUGCAAAUACAGAUCUUAUUGGAGGACACCCCGUGAAAAAGAGCCCAUCAUUCUACCAAAAAAUUAAUAAAUUCCUGGACUUAUCCCUGUUCACUCACAGAGGCUUUUUGCUAUACCUGUCUGGAAACGUGAUCAUGUUUUUUGGACUCUUUACACCUUUAGUCUUUCUUAGUAGUUAUGGUAAGAGUAAGCAUUUUUCUAGUGAGAAGUCUGCCUUCCUUCUUUCCAUUCUGGCUUUCGUUGACAUGGUAGCCAGACCUUCUAUGGGACUUGUAGCCAACACAAAGUGGAUUAGACCUCGAGUUCAGUAUUUCUUUGCUGCUUCUGUUAUUGCAAAUGGAGCGUGUCAUCUGGUAGCACCUUUAUCCACCACCUAUAUUGGGUUGUGUGUCUAUGCGGGAUUCUUUGGAUUUGCCUUUGGGUGGCUCAGCUCUGUACUGUUUGAAACAUUGAUGGACCUUGUCGGACCUCAGAGGUUCUCCAGCGCUGUGGGAUUGGUGACCAUUGUGGAAUGCUGUCCUGUCCUCCUGGGGCCACCACUAUUAGGUUCUCUCAAUGACAAGUAUGGAGACUACAAAUACACAUACUGGGCAUGUGGUGUAAUCCUAAUUAUUGCAGGUAUCUAUCUCUUCAUUGGCAUGGGCAUCAAUUAUCGACUUUUGGCAAAAGAACAGAAAGCAGAGGAGAAGUAUAAGGAAAGUAAGGAGGAGGAGAUCAGUAUAGAUGCUGCUGAGAAGCCAAAAGAAGUUACUAAAGCAGCAGAAUCUCCGGACCAGACGGGCACAGAAGGAAGCCCCAAAGAGGAGGACAGUCCAGUCUGAACCCAAGGGGCUGAAGGGUAAAUGGAGCAGUUCAUGACUUAAGAUAUCUAAAAAUAUUCUACUGGCCUGUAAUCUCCCAGUGGUGCUCAAUGCAGAUAGUGGACAUUUAUGUGAAAAUCAUACCAGGUGUUCAUUGAUGGAAUUUUUGUUUCACUCCUUACCAAUAGCCUGAAUUAAAAAUGCCAUAUGUUUUUGGGAGGGAGUGGUUUGAUGGCAAAGGAUAAGGGAAGGAAGUAGGUUUGGGUUUUUUUGUUUGUUUUAAUCUUAGCUUUUUACAGUGUCAUGAAGAUUAUAAUAUGUGCCUUAAGUUAGUCUCUAGAACUCUUUAGAGAGCCUUAACUUUUUCAACCAUUCUGCUAAAUUCAUCAAUUUUGAGCAUUGCAUUAAAAGGAAAAAUAACUAACUUGUUUGAGACAAAUCUAAAAUUUAAAAUUAAUCUUGCUUCCUUGCUAUUUGUAAAUAUGUUGUCAGACAUUAUCACUGGAAAACUUAUGAAUAGAAAUAUUGGUUGAAAGUUGGAGGUCUUAUAAGAAAUGCUGACUCAAAUAUCUUCCUAGCAUCAGUAAUUGCCUGGCACAUGUGCCUCCUAGCUAUAUAUUUAGGAAAUCUAAAGCAUAAAACUUUGGAAAUAUCUUGGCUGUUCUAGCCACAUUGUAUUUGUUAACACCUUUUGGGUACUUUUUCUUGGAAGGCUUAUUAGAAGCCAAAUAAGCACUUGAGAGUUGUUUUCAUUAAAUUACUACUUUAGUUCCCCUGUUCAUGACACAUUUUGAGUGUUUAUAGAUGAUUGCCCCUUUUGAAAUCACUUGGUAUUAUUUUUCAGACUGUAAAACUUAGUAUUAAAAUCUCUAAAACUAUAUAUCAAACUAUCUGUUUGUGCCUCCUUAGUAAAUAUAAUGAAUCUAAUUAUAUUUAGACAGAUAUUUCAAACAUCACCUAAAUUCAACUUAGGUUUUUCCAAAACCUCCAUUAAAGCGUAAGGCUGUUGGAAUCUUUUCUUCCCCCUAGAAUUUUUCCCCUCUGAUUCACAGUGGUCCCAUUUAUAUCUAGCUUAGAGCUGUGUGAUACUCAGUGUGUUUGGUAUUGUUUUUUAUUUUUUUCAAUGUUUGCAAAUUAGAGAAGGCCAGAAAAGUUUGGCAUCAGGCAAACCAAUGCAGAGAAGAUUGGGAGGGAAGUUGCAAAGUGUGCUUAGUUUUGAUAAGUAAUUCCUUUUCUUUUUUCUGAAAAGGGCUUAAAUUAUGUUAUGCUUAGAAUUAUUGGAUACAUGCUUAUUUUCCCAUAAACCUAAAAAUUUUGUGACUCUUUUCACUUUCUUGAAAAGCAGAGAAAUGGAUUCAAUAUAAGGAUAGGCAGGAGGGUGGACCAGAAUGAAAACUGUAAAUAUUUUUUUAGUCUGAUAUCUUAAAUUGAGGCAGAAAAAUAUAGUAUUCAAUAAAUUAUAUUAAAUGCAUUUAAAAUACUACUGUAAUUGAUGAAAGUAUAGAUAUACAACCUUGUAUAAGAUGCUGACUUUUCCAAAUAAACAUUUUUUUUUUUUUAGAAAAGUUUCUCCCUCCAAAUGUUUAUUUUCUUGAAGAAAAUAUUGCUGUAUCUUCGUUUUCAUUAUCAAGUUUCAAUUUGGCCCUUGCUCGUAUUAAAUUAAAUGAUUCAGUAUGAGAUUUGCAUAUAUAGCUUAUUUUAAUUUUCUCCUUUCUCCUUCUCUGCUUUAAGACAAGAAGGAGGGGAUUUUGAAACCAUCUCAUUUGAAGUGAGAGCAUCCAAAGCAGUUAACCUUAGGGACACAAGAAAAAGUCUCUUUGUAUGCCUGUGUGUUAGGGCUGGUGGGGGAGUUGUUUUAGAGAAGAGUAUUGGGAGGCUUGGCCCCAGUUUGAAUUCUGCCAUUCUACAGUUUGACCUCUUUUCUCUUCUGUAAAAGUGAGUGUUACUGUUGAUGAGAGGAUAUGAGUGAAAGAAAUAGUAAAAAAAAAAAAAAAAAGAAAGCAAAUGUAAAAGAUUAUUUUUCCCCCAUCCUCAUUGUGGAAGCUACAUCCACACUGUGUACAUUGCUGACCUGUGUUGAAUCUUGUUAGUAAAAUGAGUGUUUUGUGAUGCAGAUUAACCACUGCUCUUUAGAAGGAAGGAUUCUGAAGUUGCUGUAUUCACAAGCAAAAGUUAGUGCCAGGCAUCCCUCAUUUUAUUGUGCUUAGCAGAUACUUUUUUCCCCUUACAGAUUUGAUUUUGGGGCCACUUUUCCAAUAGCAUGUGCUCACCUCAUUAGCAUUUUUAGCAAUAAAAUAUUUUUAAGUUAAAGUACAUACUUUUUUCAGUCAGAAUGCUAUUGCACACUUAAAAGAUUACAGGAUAGUAUAAACAACAUUCACGUGCAGUGAGAAACCAAAAAGUUUGUGUGACUCGCUUUAGUGAUAUUCACUUUAUUGGCGUGGUCUUGCACUGAAGCUUCAGUAUCUCCAAGCUUGUACCUGGCUCAGAAUUGGAACUGUAUUUCUUAUCCAUCUCUAACCCCGACUUUUCUCAGUGAAGACGACGGGAUUAAGGAAUUUAUUAAAUAGCAGUUUUUGUAAUAGAGCCAACGCUAAAACUCAACACAGGCCUGCUCUGUGCCAUCUCUUCCUGCUUAUCUUCAACUAGGUUGCAAGUCAACACUUGAAGCAACUGGGCUUUCUGAUCUAGUCUGUUACCCCUUGACUCCAUUUGAAGUUUUAUUUUACUUCAUGUGGUUUCAGUGUCUGCUUUGGGAAAAUAGAGUGCCUGCCUGUAUUUCCCUUUUCUCUGCCUCUUACCCUCUGUAAGUUACAGAGAGCACAUAAGCAGCUCUUAGAUAAUAACAGGCAUGUAGGCUGUUUCAGAGUACAUACCCUGAAACAGGCUUCCAAGUCAAAGCAGGCAAAUUAUCCAAGAACCGGAUAAGUUGCACAAUUACAGAAGGUGGCAGCAUAAACCAGAACGUAUUAUUAUAUUAAGCUUAAAUCCAUUGAGAAUCUGUCUUCAUUAGCCAAAAUAAAGGAACAGUUUGUAUAAAAAGUAUUAAGGAAACGAUUGUAAAACAUACCUACGGAAAAUUCAGAGGUAUUUUAUCCUUAAUUUAGUCACAUCAAUGAAGAAUUGUCUGUUUGGAUUCUUGGAUUGUCUGAAUUUAGUAGUUACUGUCUAUAUCAAGAUAUAUAUGUCAAUAUUAAAAUUGUUUACCAUGUAUUUUAAAAAGGAAAAAAGUUGUAAAAAGACAUUAUUUUUGUAUGAACCAUUGUUUUAUUGUAUUGAAUUUCAGAUUGAUAAAUUGGGUAUUGGUUGCAUAUUUGUAUGAAAAAAUCUAAAUGUUUGGGUUUUACCUUCCUUAGGAAAUGGUUCACAGUGUAAUACACUUAAUCAUCAGCACAGAUAUCCUCCUUUCACACACACACACACUUAGAAAGAUGGGGAAAUUAACAGUAAAUUGUCACCUUUGCAAAGUGGCCUAUUUCAGUAAUCAAGUCAGGCACUUGCCUAGAAGAUAUGGAAGAGUUAAUGAUAGACUUUGUAUAACUGGGAUCAGUCUUCCAGUGCCUGAGUGGAAGUAUCAACCCAAGCUUACCUGGUUUGCACAAAUAGGAGCAACUAGGCCAAGUUGCUUUGGAGUUUGGAAGCAUCUGGAUGGGGAGUGGUGGGUGCUACAUCACUCUGUGAAAUGUGUUCUAGCUAUAGGGUAUUAGAUUCAGUCACCUUUUCCUCUCCAUUCAGACCACAGAGGCAAAAUCAUUCAAAUGUAAGCAAUUGGAAACAGCAGCAUUUGUAAUUAUAGAGUAUCUUUCUCAGCUCAAGAGCAUGGGUUUAUUUAUGCUAACUUUAUUCUGACUUGCCUAGAGAAGAUAGCCAUAGCUAACAAAAGAAAUUAUAGCCUACUGUUUAAUUAACAAGGUAGGCUCUUGGGGUUCACAUUAAGGCUGUGUAACCUCAGUUUACUUAGCCUCCCUCAGUGUCAGGUUUUUUCCUCUCGUAAGGUGUUAAUAAUAAUUUGAACCCAUCAUGAGGGCUGUCAUGAAAGUUAAUUGAUGUGUGACAGCUUUUGUUAAGCAAGUGCUUACUGAGUAUAAACAGCUGACUAUUAAAAAAUGUUUAUGGAAAAAAUGGGCCAUUACAGUCCCUAAAGGGAAUCCUUACUUGUAGGGGCUGGUUUUAGAGUGACUCUUAAGAAUAUUAGCCAAAUGAUCAAACUCCUCCUUUUGAUUUAACUCUUAGCUUCACAAACGUAUUGAUUGCUCCUUCUUUUAUAAAUGAAUGGAUGGAGCUAACACUUUACCAUAUGGUAGGUGCAUGUAUGUACAGCUCUUUACAUAAGAUGUAUUUGAAUUCCAAAACCCUUUUGGUCUUUCUUCUUUUCUUUCCUUCUUUUUUUUUUAAGAUUAGGCCCAGGUGAGGCUCAAACUCAAGACCCCAGGUUUAUAACACCAGUGCUCUAACCUCUGAGCUACAGCACCCAGCUGAUCUUUCUACCCAUAACAGCACACUCCUCCAUAGACGGGAUGCUCUACUAGUAGCAGAUAAACUUUUCUACUUAAUUGUGAUGAUUCUGUAAGAGAAGAAAUAACUAAUUAGGGUUAAAGUUCUUUAUCCCUAGUAAUGUCUUUAAAUGAAAAUUGGAAGGUUGAUGAGAUUUCUCUUUUUCCCUACUAUGCAAUGUUUCAGUGACAUAGUUUAGAUGGUAAAUUAUUAGUUGUUAGCUGAGUAAAUUGGUAUAACAUUUUGGGAAAGUAGUUUUGUAAUAUGUACCAAGCACCAUGAGUUCACAUCUUAUCCUUUUCCCUAAAAAUUAUAGAUUUGGAAAUUUAAGAAAGUUUGUCUUUGAAAUUAUCAAUUUCUUUGAGAAAUCCUUACAUAGGAAUAUUGAGAUGGAUAAUUGUGAAGUCCUUGUGAUAUAAAUAUGGCAUAAUGCUAAGUGAAAAACCACGCAGACUAGCAUGAAGUAUGUGCAUGUAUGAUAAUACAUAUAUCCACCCACAGGAAAAAAGAAAACAAAUUAUAAUUUAGUGAGUAUUGUAAAAUUUUAAGACAUUUUCUAUAUUUUUUCAUGUUAAAAUUUUUCUUUUUCUUUCUUCUUUUUUUUUUGUUUUUUGUUUUUUGUUUUUGAGACAGUCUCAUUUUGUUGCCCUUGAUGGAGGAUGGAGUGCUGUGGCAUCAUAGCUUACAGCAAUCAAAACUCUUGGGCUCAGGUGAUCCUCUUGUCUCAGCCUCCCAAAUAGCUGGGACUACAGGUGCUCAGUUAGUUUUAGAGAUGGGGUCUCACUCUUGCUCAGGCUGGUCUUAAACUCCUGAGCUUAGGCAAUCCACCAGCCUUGGCCUCCCAGUGCCCUAUAUAUUCGAAAUUUUCUUAAUGUGAUGGUUACCUUUCUAUUAAAAACGUUUAAUGUAGCACCUACUACUGGUUUACGAAGAGGAAAAAACAGUGCAUUAGAUCUAGACAUGUUCUGGCAAGAGACAUUUGACUCCUAAGAAAAUGUACCUAAUGAUUAUUAUAAGCAGAUUACUUUUUUCUGCUCCUCUAAGAGUUGCACUCUGGUGAAAUGGAGUAUGACAUGGAACUCAAGAGCAUGGUGGAAUGAAGUCAAGAUUUGCUGGUGCUAGACCAAGCUGCAGAGUGUAGAGUCCACAGGCCACCUGUGCUUCCUUCCCACAGGCAGUGCUCUUGGACACAGUGCUCCUGUGGUUCUUCUCAUCAACUUUGAGCUACAAGUGAAUGUGUGAUUCAGGAAGCUAGAGCAGUCAGCACCCGCCAGUCUCCCACAUCAUGGUAUUGUGGUUGUUCUCAAGCAUUUUCUUACUGAGAUCAGCAUCAGGAAAACAUACACUAAUGUCACAAAAUGACGGGUGGAAUUUUCUUGUCCAUACUGCUACCAUUUGUUCACUCACCAACAGAUACUUAUUGGGCCCUUACUAUGCCAUAGGCAUUGUUCUAGACUUUGAGAAUCCAGCAGUGAACAAAAUAUAAUAAUCUGUUUUCAUGGGCAUCUUACACUAGUAGAGGGAAAUAGGCAAUGAAUAGUAAGUUAUAAGGAAAACAGUCAUUUUCAGAAAAGAGCAGUGUAUAAGAUCAGCCUUCAUUCAUUCACCAACCAGUAUUUUUUAGAGAAUCUUCUAUAUGCCUGGCUCUAUUUGCUGAGUACAAGGGAUAUUAACAGUGAACAAAAUGAGGAAGACCAUGUAGUAACUGCGGUGUUGGGCUAACACACAGAGAAACCUCUAACCUUGUCUUGGGAAAGCAUAAAAAAUUUAAAAAUUUAUUUUUCAGCAGGUUGAUUUCUCUAAGCCUCUUUGAUAAAUGUUAUAAAACUAUUGUGAGGAUUAAGAGUGAAAAUACACAGCAUAUUGUUCAAUG